CACUGACAAAAUGUCGGACAUAAUGACUUUCCAUUAUGACUGCGUUGACUUCAUGAUUGGAUUUUAAAUCAAUCUUUCUCAACAAACGGACCAAACUGUAUGAAAAGCAAGUGAAAAUUUACCACUUUGUGGGCGAGUGAGAAAGCAAUCAAGGGAAAAUUUUCCUAUAAAACCUAUUAUGUAUUGUUUCCCGACGGUCUGAGCCAAAUAUAUUUUGUGGACACACAAAGAAUACUAAAGUUGUGUUGAACCAUUAAAAGGUUUUACUACGUUGCACGGAUAUCUUGCGAUAAGUGGUUACUACACUUUGGUGAACGUGUCAGUUUUGCUUACAAAAGAAACUAUUCCUGGGAAGAGGCUGUGAGUUCUAAUUUGGUGUCAGUUAAACAGUCCGUAUAAGUGCAACUAUGGAUGAUGAAAGCAGUGAAAGUUUGGACCUCAGUCGAAUCAAACGCAAUGAGCGCAUUGAGAAGCUGGGAUUUCGGCCUCAAAAGGAAUUAUUCUGCAAUAAAUUUUUGCCGUACGCAGACAGGUUGGAUGAUGAAUCACAAGUACUACUGGAGAACAUCAAAAACAAUCUGGGAAAGGCGGCAGCCAUGCGAGAAAUCACUCCCGGAGUAUCGAUUUAUGUGUCUCGCUUAUCGAAGUACAUCAAACUGUAUGGAAUGAAGUUUUCCAAAGAGGAUCAUAUCAAGUUUGUGAAACUGCUGCUAGAAUUGAUUACUAUCCCGAAUUUGGAGCCCGACAAGGUCAACAAAUUUUGCUAUACGUUAACUACUUUGUUAAGGAAACCAGAAUGGCUCAGUCCAGAUGACAUACAAAUUGCCUGGCGUCCUUUGUACAAACUAAGCAAUCUUAUUCUUAACAAAAACUGUAGCAAAGGGGAUCUGUACCGAUGUUUUUCGAAGAACAGAAAUAUCUCUGCCGCUACCAACACACCGUCACCAAUGGCUCGACUCCUGAGCCUGGCAAAGGACAUGGGCUACAACGUGUCCUCAUUCCUGACCGAGGUCGGAGAUGAUCGCGAACACUCGGAUUCACUUUCACUGGAAACGAACCUACAAUUUGUUAUUCAAUAUUGUGCACCAUACUUUCCACGAUCUUCGACACAGGAAAUCCUCGAUGAGCUGCUGCCGAAGCUCCAGCCGUUGGAUACCGGGAAGGUCAUUGACACAUUUGGUAUGUUACACAUUUUUCUCAGCUGUGAGCACGAUUACGACCUGUGGUUCGACAAGUUCAUGGACAUUUGGAAUGCUUAUCAUAACCCACCGUGGGGUAUCGAUAUGAUGACAAUUUUUGCCACCGUCGGUUUCAAAAACAUCGGCUAUAUCGACUGGGAAUCGCACAUACCGACGAUGUUUGCCCGUAUCUUGCGGUCGAUUGAUUUUCCCGUUAGCUACAAAAGUACGAAAAGCUCAAAAUUGCAAAACCUGGCACCGCAAUCGAUCGCAAUCUGGAUUGUGUCGGUAUUGGGCCCACAGAGUUCCGCACAGCAAUAUUUGAACAAAUUCAUGGCGACUAUAGAAUCCUACCUGCACCCGGCGAAUAUGGGCAAAUGGGUAUCGAUGCUGGGAGAAAUUUUGGUUCAGUUGCCCAAGUACUUUUUCGAUCGUUUGAUUUUGGAGCGGUACAGAAAGCAUCCCUACCGAAGACCCAUUCCGGAAAGCCACAAACUGACGGAGGACUGUAUUACGGCGUUUGUCGAGUGUAUGAAGCCUGUUGCUUUUCAGGCAAUGUAUUCCAGGAUGAAUCCCCAGGAUGUUGGGAAAAUUUUCCAACAUUUAGCAGACUUGCGCCCGGCGUUAAUCAUUCCGACCAUUAUCGAUCGUGUAUACGCCAGUUUGGACUCGCUCACGGAGCCGCACAAAAUGACGGCUGCUCUUCAGAGCCUCAUUGGUGUUUCUAGGGCACUGGUUUCCGCCCAUAAUGGUUACACGGAAGGUAGAAAUCACGUGAUUCCGAUAUUUUUCGCCACCCUUCCUGGAAUCGAUCCGAACGAUUUCAAGAAAACCUCCAUUACAUUCCACUUUUUGACGUCGAUCUCGUUCUUGAUUCCGAUUGUCGAUUGCUCGAAAGCGGGUCAAUACCAUGAGCUAACCGAAGAUGAACGGCUGCUGUGCGAACAAACGGCAGAUUUCGAAAAUUUUGUGCUGCAAUACAUGGAUCGGAUAUUUCUGCUUAUUGAAAGCAGUUCAGUGGACAACGUACGGAUGGAGCAGUCGGAUACGGAUUCGAUGCGUUCUAAGCUGGAAUCGAUUUCCGAGGCGCUAGUACAAGCCUGCACGCACGGAAUUUUGGGUCAGUGUUCUCGGGAUAUUCUGAAUGCGGCCUCGAAAAAGUUAAUUGAUUUUAUCAAGACGCGUCUGUUGGAACCGAAGGUUGCGGGACAACUGGUUGGGUGUUUGGUUAGGGUGUUCACACGGAUUCACGGAAAGGAAGUACUGCGCUCGUUGAUACCGUAUGUGGUACAGACGAUCGAACGGUACAUGGAAGAUCACGAGGAUAUUGCUGAGGUGGAGAAGCAGAACGACGAAAUGCUGUAUUAUUUGCUACUGCUUACGAACAUGAUGCGCGGUGAUCCCGCCGAGGUUGUAAAAUAUAUCGACGAUGUACUGCCAAUUCUAGAUAAAAUUUUGAAGUUCAAAUGUAAGCAAGCAAACAAGUACGGUUCUACCUUGUUGGCUAAUCUGAUGAGCAAUCUGUCGACGAUGCAAACUUUAGACGUUAAGAACAGUCCCCUGAGUUUCGAGAAACCUCUUUCAGAAUUUCUGCCCAUCAAAAGCUGGGGAGAAAAAAUGACCCCGGAUGGGAAAAUUGAUUGGUGUUUUCCGGAUCAGGUGUCGGCGAAGGUGUGCGAGAGAUUGAUGCACCGUUAUUUGGUUCCAAUUUUGGAUAGCAUCCAAAAGUACUGUUCAGAUGAGUUGGAGCUAAGUCGAGACGAUAUCAAUCGAGAUGUUACCGUUAUUCAAUCGUUGAUAAGAUGCCAAAACUUCUUGCCCAAUUGGGAUGACGAGGAGUCGUUGUCUUUGUUUGAAUCCUGCCUUGACCGCACGGAAAUGAGAUGGACCGUCACAAGGGGCUUCGAUGAUUUGAUAAUCAAAAUGCCUGACGGACAAAACGUUCGAAAAACGUUGAUUCAAUCUGUCAGUGCGCUCCAGCGGAAGAUCAUGGAAAAAUCCGAAGACGAUAUAAAAUCAUUGAAAUCGAUUCUGAUGUUGUACGAUAAACUCUACAUGCGAAAGCAUUCGAACAGUGCAUUCGACAACCAGGUCAAAACUUUCAACAACACCAAGAAGUUCCAAACUUAUCGGUUGACAAAGUUCAAACGAGACGUUCGGGCGGUUGUUGCGACCAGAGUGAUAAUGCAGCAGGACUGUCGGGACGAAAUGGAUCAACCCUUGUUUUCCGCUACGCAUCUUGAAGUGAUGAUGAAUCUCCUGGAGAUGUCAACCUCCCACUACAGCAGUGUUCGAGCGACGGCUCAGAGUAAAUUGUUCACCAUGCUUUCGACGUUCUCGUUCAGCUACAAACUGCUGGUGGAUAAAAUCGAAGAACAUUUGCGGCUGGAUUCCAACGAGCAUCACGAGCGGUUCAAGGGUAUUCUUUUCGUUCUCGUAUCGAAUCGACGGUCACGGUUGGUCAUCAAAAACGACUGGCAAUUCGUUAGUCGAAUAUGGGUCACGUUGCUACAGUCGAAACUGUCGGAAAAACCGUCUGUGGUCAAGCUACUGGACGCCAUUACUGACGUCAUCAACAACGAAUUUCCAACGACAACCACUGAGUUGGAAGUGUCCAACGCCUGUGUUCAGCAUGGACUAGCCUUGCGGGUACGAAAUGACCCGUUGGAACUGGAGGCUGGACGACAAGCCAGGUUAGCCAAAAAUGGUAAAAAUGUGCAAAUCUAUUACGAUCUAAUCGCUCAAAUCUUAACCACGGUACAGAAUGAUAAACUACACUGGAGAUACCAUUACAUGGCGUCUUCAAUGUUGUACAAUUUGGUCCAUCCGUUGACGAAUUUUCCACCAGCGGUGGCACAGUUUGCCGUAAACAACUUGAUUCACGAUUCGCUGGAUGAACGAAAGAUGGCUAUUUGUUUGCUGAAUCAUAUCCUAAGACAGCAAAAACGGGAACACGCAAAAGUAGACAUUAAUCCGUACACAAUAGCGGGCCUUCCGGAGAAGGCACCCUCGAAUGGAUCCAAUGUUGAACCGGGCUACAGAGACGAUAACCAGUGGCUGCAGUAUGAUUUAGAGAAGGUGCCGAAAAAUCAGGACGAAUGGGACCAGCCUCGGUACAUGUACAAAACGGAAGGAUAUUUCGGUUGGAGCAGUAACUUUACCGUUUAUGCGCCAAGUAAGGAUCAGCCAAAACUGGACCGCUCCCUGGAGGAGAUGAAUGAGUGCGAGCAGAUAGUUUAUAAAUUUUUCAUAGUGCAGGAAAAUGUGGAUAAACUGAUCAAGUUUUGGUCACUGGAGGAGAAAAAAGGGCGAGACAAAUUCAACCGAAAUCGGUUCUGUCUGAUCAAAGGAUUGAUGAACACUUUCGGGGACUUAUUUUUGAGUAUGUUCGUAAAACAUCUGCGACCACUAAUCGAUGAUAAGGCUUCAGAAAGUAGUCACCGAUGCGCUGCUGAGAUAAUGGCUGGAAUCAUGAGAGGAGCGAAACAUUGGCCAUUCGAAAAAACGGCGAAAAUGUAUGAGGAUUUGGUACCGUUGACUCGAUUGGCGCUUAACAACGUGACUGUGGAUACUGAUGUCUUCUGGGGAACCUGUUUUGCCACAGCUGCCGAGAAUAUGGAUCCUUCCAAGCAGUACUGGUUGCAUGAAGUCUUGCUGGAAGAUCCCCUACAAGAAUCGACUAGCUUUAUCGACUGCAAUCGACUCUAUUGUCUGCAGGGAGCUUUCAAUCAGCACGUCUGGAGGAUGACGAGUGUGGCGAAGAGGUUGCUGGAAUACCUUCGGCCGUAUUUGAAUCAUUCGUUCCAGAACGUUCGGGAACGGUUAGGUAGCACAUUGAUCAAUAUUUUCGAGGCCGACUUGAAGUUCAACGGUGUGCGAAGUUUGGAACUGUCACCAAAGACAACGGACAUGAUUUCGUACGUGAUGCCAAAAUUGAGCGUACUGCUGAGCGAAGAGCAUCCUCCCAUCGUAGAAAAAAUGGAAGUUGAAGGGGAAUCCAGCCAAGCGAGCAAUGCAAAGAAGGAAGGAAGCGAAUAUGAAGUAGCAGUGCGAUUGUUCAAAACGGUUGCACAGUGGCUUACUUGCGCCAUCAACCGUUGUUCCAAUGGCAACGAAACUGAAUACUUCGAGCUGCUGCCGAUUGCCUGUCGACUGGAGCGGUGCGAACAGGACCAGGAACUAGCGGAAAUCUGCACCAUGCUGCUGGCGAUGAUUUCGCAGGCUCUCACCCUGGUACCCUGCAUGGAGAUUGCGCUGACAAAGAUUGACGAAAUCUCCAAAAUGUCCUCCUGGUCGGCACGACGGUCGGUCAUCGACGUACUGCAGGUGCUGGUAUUCUACAAUAUGACGAUAAUUUUAAGUAAAGACCAGUGGAUAGCUAAAAUCCAGGAAAUCGUACUUCGUUUGUUGGAGGACAAUGUAGUGGAGGUCAGAGAGAAGGCCGCGGAAGUACUCUGUGGUCUUCUGCACUGUUCGUUCCUGACAGCUACCGACGAACUGUUGGAUCUGUUUAAAACGAAGUGUCGAACAAAAAUGAUCAAAGCCAGAAGGUUGAAGGUGGCCACAAGUUGUUCAAACGAAGUCAACAAAAGUGAUGGAUUGGAAGCGAAUGCGGUACGUGCACGCCACUCUGGUGUACUCGGACUAUGUGCCUUUAUAUCUGCGUAUCCGUAUGAAGUGCCUGAAUUUGUUCCAAACGUAUUCGAACAUUUAGGCGCCCAUCUCAAUGAUCCGCAACCUAUUCCAGCAACAAUACGCAAAACGAUGGGUGAUUUUAAGCGUACCCACCACGACAACUGGGAAGCUCAUCAGCUCAAAUUUACGGAGGAUCAGCUGGCUGUGCUAAGCGAUUUGACGAUUCCACCCUCAUAUUAUGCUUAAAAAACGUUUUUAUUGUUUAUAGUGCAAGACAUUACGGAAAACGGUGAAAGUUUAGAUUAGUAUAUUGUUUUACAGAUAUAGUUUAAUUUCAAUGUAUUUUAUUCGAUUUGUUUGCUACAUUACUGCUACAUAAACAUACCACAAUAAUGUGGUUGCUAUUAAAAUGUACAGGGUUUUCCUUGGAAUGAAAAUAAAAUUAUGAGAAUUGUAUUGGAGAUGGAACUUCAUGUUUCAGAAAA